AUGACUUAUUACCAAUCAUUUUUUGACCAUGAAAUAAAAUUCGAUCUUUAAAAAAAACUAUUAGAUUUAUGUGCUGGGGAAGUGGAAUUUUAAUCCCAAGACUACAUAGAAGAUUAUAAAGGUAACCAACACGAGCGUGGUUGCUUUAUAUAUUAGCAAACAAUACCUUAUAGAGAAUUAAAAAGAGGAACUAUUGUUUAGGAUAAAAGUCUAUUAUUAUUAAAUGGGGAAAAUGUCGUUUCAAAAUAUUCUAAUGUAUAUAAUAUAGGAUCAGAAUAAGGUAUUUUCGGAUAACUUUAUCUUACAAAUGUUAGAUUGGCAUGGUUUGCUGAGAAAAACGAAAGUUUAAAUAUCAGUAUUCCUUGGAUUUUAAUAAAAAACCUGCUUAAAAAAUAAUUAAAAGUUGGGCUUUCUCUUGUGGUGGAAAUUAAUGAAUUUUCAGGAGGUUAUUCAAUUGGAUAUUAUUCUGAUUAAAUUGAAACUCUUUUCUAAGAAGUGGAAAAAUUGAGAAAUUAUUACAUACUAAAUCCUGAUUUGGGAAUAAAAAAAAUAAAUGAAGAUUAUGAAUAAUCAUAUAAAUCGAAGACAAUUAAAAAACAAUUGAAAAUGUUGAAAUAGUUGAUUCAUUAUUUAAUGAAAAAAAUUAAAAACGAAAUCGAUUUUGAUUAUAGAUUAGGUGUUGCUAUUGAAAAACUUCCAAACGGUAUUUAAACUGACGACUUAUGGUAGAUUAUUAAUAAAUAAAGUAUGUGA